AUGCGUAUUACAAGAGUAGAAACAGAUUUCUCAGGGACUAUUUCUCUGGAGUGUCUGGAAGCUAUUCUAAAGGUUGAAAGUGCUGUAGCAAAAGAGCAAGGCUGUAAAUUAAUUGUUUGCAUGGCUGCUGCUUCUAACGUAACUGGAAUUUUGGUAGAUGUCGACGCAUUCUCUAGUCUUAUUCAUCGAUAUGGUGGACUGGCGUUUUGGGAUUAUGCUACUGCAGCUCCUUAUAUAAAAAUUGAUAUGAAUCCAACUACCUCAGGACCUGAUCGUGAUUCUGUGUACAAAGAUGCAAUUUAUUUUUCUAUGCACAAAUUUAUUGGUGGUCCACAAACGCCUGGUGUACUAAUUGCUAAACGGUGUCUUUUUAAAGCUGGUGAAGCUCAACCAAGUGGUUGUGGUGGUGGUACAGUGUUUUUUGUUCGCAGAGAUCAACAUGUAUAUCUCAAAGAAGUUGAAGAGCGUGAAGAAGGUGGAACACCAGCCAUUAUCGAGUCUAUACGUGCUGGAAUGGUUAUGCAACUUAAACAGGCAGUCACUCCAGAGGCUAUUAUGGAAAGAGAAGAGGUUCAUGUAAAGCGUGUAUGGCAAAAACUAUCUGAUUGUCCAAAUAUAAUAGUACUUGGUGGAAACCAGGCAUCUCGGUUACCAAUAAUUUCUGUUGUCAUAAGGCAUACAUAUCCUGUCAAUAAAAAUAUUAUUUCAUCGAGCACUACUCAUCUUCCAUGCUUAUUUUUACAUCAUAAUUUUGUUGCUUCUCUUUUAAAUGAUUUAUUUGGUAUACAAGCACGUAGUGGAUGUGCUUGUGCUGGACCUUAUGCUAUGGAUUUACUGGGUAUUGAUGAAGCAUUAGCAAAACUUUAUGAAGAAGCGUUAGUUGGAUGCAACUUAGAUUCGUCAAAACAUAAGUUAUCUGAGGAAUAUCCUAAAAGAGAAGUUAUUAGACCAGGUUUUACUCGAGUUUCUUUUCCGUAUUUUAUGCCUGAUGAUGAAGCUGAUUUUAUUCUUGAUGCACUGAAAUUUGUUGCUACAAAUGGUUGGAUAUUUUUACCAUUUUAUCGUUAUAAUGCAGCUACAGCUGAAUGGACUCAUUGUAAUUAUGAUCCUGGAAUCGGUCGUAAAUGGUUAACAGAUAUACGUUAUACUGAUGAUGGAAUGAUUUGGUCAACAGAUUGUCCAAAACAAGAAAUGCCUGUACCUCAAAGUUAUUCAGAAUGUCUAGAAACUGCACACAAAGAACUUCACAAGGCAGUCAAAAUGGUUAGUCUGGCUAUGAUAUCCCCGGUUACUGAUGAUACAGGUAAUUUUGAUGAUGAAACCAAGAGUUUACGAUGGUUUCUUCUGCCAAGUGAAGCCGCUGCUCAAAUCCGUAAUGAGAUCAAUUUAUUGAAUGUAUCAUCACCUAAUUCAUCUCCAUGGCAUCCAGGAUCUUUGACACUUUCAUUUUUCCCAGAAUUGAAUAAUAAAACAAAUAAAGAAAUGCAUAUAAAGAAGCCUAAAAUUCAAUCACAUUUUGAUGAAGAAACCACGAUAUUUACCAGUGAAAAUCAAAAGUUGAAAGUUAUUCUUUCUAUUGGAAAACAUGCUAACAAUAUGAUCAUUAAAUCAGCAAAGAUAUAUCCACGUCGACAACAUGAACGAUCACAUUCAACACUGUCUUCAAUGCAGCAUCCUUGUACUAAUGAUGCCGAAGAUGAGAAUGUGAUUAAAAGUUCACAUAAACGACCGAAACAAUCAUUAAGUUUAUCACAUGAAAAUGUAAUUUGGCCAAAUCAGAAAAAAAUUCACAGAAUUAUUUGUAAAAGUGGUUGUAAGUAUAGAGCUACAGAAAAUAUUGUCCUAUCUAUCAAUGAUACUUGUGUUCUACGACGGUAUAACAAAAAGAACAUUUCAAAUUAUCGAAGUGAUCUGAAGGCAAGGACUACCAGCUACGAUCUUUUAUGUUCAUCACAGUAUUUCAUUUUUCAUGAAGCCGUCAAUGAAAGUGUCAAUCGUGUAUAA